AUGAGGAAAGUUAGUUGGAAGUUGUAUUGUUUACUGAGUUUUAUUGUUGUUACCGUGGCAACAUCUGGCUGUAACAAGCGUAUGGUUAGAUACCACCUAUCCCACCCAGGAUGUAUACCAGUAUUGCGGUCCGCCUACGGUUGCCGAGGAACGUGUUCGUCGUACUCUUUAAUUUCGGCCGAAGAUCCUUUCCAGAUGCAACGCUCCUGCAAAUGCUGCGAAGCCAUAGAAGAGCGGUUUGUUGGUGUGAGAUUGCGAUGCCCACGUCUUGACAAACCGUUUAAAAAUGUAUACGCCAAGUCCGCUAUCGAAUGCUUGUGUCGUCCAUGUGGACAGAUAUCGGAAUAUUCCGAAAUUAAAGCUCCAUGA